AUGGCCCGCGAGAACGGGCUUCUCGCCGUCGUUGUGGCUCUCGGCCUGCUGAUCCUCGCGAAUGGAGAGAUUUACAUCGUGAACAUGGAAGGGGAGCCGGUGGUGAGCUACAGCGGCGGCAUCGAAGGAUUGCCUCCCACUGCAAUCGAUCUCGUCGAUGACUUCGACAUUACCAGGUGCCCAGAUCGUCAUCCGCAUCCGUUCUUCAUCUCAUCAGAAUUUAUCGCAAUCUUUUUUGCUUACUUCUUCACUUGCAGCGAAUCCGUCGUAUCCUAUUCUCUCCACCUUGAGAAACAGCACGAUAUGCUCCUCGAGUCGCUCUUUGAGGCGGGGACUUAUAAGAAGCUGUACAGCUACGGGCACCUCAUCAAUGGCUUUGCCGUCCACAUGACCCCUGAGCAGGUAGAUCAAAGCUUCUAGUUGGUGCCUGCUGGCUCGAUACAGUGACCCAUUGUCGUCAUAAUUGGUCUUGUUUUGGUUCUCAGGCAGAGGUCCUCGGCAGUGCCCCGGGGGUGAAGUACGUUGAGAGGGACAUGAAAGUGCAGAAGCUGACCACCCACACGCCCGAGUUCUUGGGGCUCCCGACUGGCGUGUGGCCCAAUGGCGGCGGAUUCGACAAAGCCGGGGAAGACAUUGUGAUCGGGUUCAUCGAUUCGGGGAUAUUUCCUCACCAUCCGAGCUUUGCCGCGUUUGAUUCCGAGCCGUACGAGCCCGUCCCUCAUUACAGAGGGAAGUGUGAGGUGGACCCUGAGACCAAGAGGAGCUUCUGCAAUGGCAAGAUUGUCGGCGCGCAGCAUUUUGCGGCGGCGGCGAUUGCAGCAGGAGCGUUUAAUCCGGAGAUUGACUUUCCGUCUCCCAUGGAUGGCGAUGGGCAUGGGAGGUUUGCCUUUGGCCGACUCUCAUCACUCGGAUUUCUCACAAAGUGCAGAUUUUUUGCUGCAGUGCAUCGUUGUGAUGCCUUGUCCAUGUGAAUGGAUGGUCCCAGCAGCUCUACAGUGACAUCCCAUUUUUGGAAAAUCGCUCUUUUUUUCUUCUACCCAUAUAUGUUUGACUUUAAUUGGUCAAUCGUUCUCCUCCCGUUUAGACUGAAUCUUGUGGUUGACGCACAGCCAUACAGCGGCGAUUGCAGCUGGGAACAAUGGGAUCCCGGUGAGGAUGCAUGGGCAUGAAUUCGGCAAGGCCAGUGGCAUGGCUCCACGCGCCAGGUCAGAGGCCGUUGACCAGAGUCCGAACUAACUCUUCCCAUGCCCAUGCCAUAAUAUUAUUAAUUUCCUUCAAAGUUUCUCAUUAAUUUCUCAUAGUUGAGCAGGAUCGCUGUGUACAAGGCCCUGUACAGGCUUUUCGGCGGAUUUGUAUCAGACGUAGUGGCCGCCAUCGAUCAGGUUCUUCUCCAGUUCAUCAGAGUUCUUCGUCCCUCUUCAAUCCCUUUCUCCCACGCCCUCUUGCUUCAUUAAUCAAAGCAUUAAAAUUCUUCUCCACAGGCAGUUCGUGAUGGCGUGGACGUCAUCAAUCUAUCCGUGGGACCCAACAGCCCCCCGUCGAGCACACGAACCACCUUCUUGAACCCUUUUGAUGCCACGCUCCUCUCUGCCGUCAAAGCUGGAGUCUUUGUCGCCCAGGCAGUCGGUAAUGGCGGCCCUUUCCCCAAGACUAUCAUAUCCUUCAGCCCGUGGAUCGUCUCCGUCGCUGCCGCCAUUGACGAUAGGAGAUACAAGAACCAUCUCAUCCUUGGAAACGGGAACAUUAUCCCCGGCAUCGGCCUGUCCCGUGAGCUCCCUGAUCUCCUCUCUCUCUCUCUCUCUCUCUCUCUCUCUCUCCCCCUCUCUUCCUGUUGUUGCCCUUCAUGAGUGAUCUUCUGGCUGGGCCGCAGCAUCGACGCCCUGGAACAAGAGCUUCAGCCUGGUGGCCGCAAAUGAUGCCCUUCUGGGCUCCUCCGUCGUGAAGAACAGCCCCUCCGACUGCCAGCGGCCCGAGCUCUUGGACAAGAACGUGGUCAAAGGGAAGAUAAUCCUGUGCGGGUAUUCGUUCAAUUUCAUCUCCGGCACUGCAUCGAUCAAGAGGGCCUCCGAGACCUCCAGAAGCCUCGGUGCCGCCGGUUUCGUGCUCGUCGUUGAGAACACCUCCCCGGGGGUGAAGUACGACCCGAUCCCCCUCAGCACCCCUGGAAUUCUCAUCGUCGAUGUGGCCAAGUCAAAGGUGUAAAGUCAACCCGUCGACUUUUUUACCUCAGAAACAAAGUGGAUGGUUGACUUACCCCGUUUUUUCUUACUUUUUUAGGAGCUGAUAGAUUACUACAACGCCACGACAAAGAGGGACUGGGCUGGGAGGGCGACCAAGUUUGAAGGGGUGGCGACCAUCGAGGACGGCCUGUCGCCGACGCUCCACAAGUCAGCUCCGCUGGUCGCCGCCUUCUCGUCCCGCGGGCCCGACGUGAAGGACUUCAGCUUCCAAGACGCCGACGUCCUCAAACCGGACAUUCUGGCCCCGGGGAACCUUAUCUGGGCCGCCUGGUCCCCCAACGGCACCGACGAGGCCAACUAUGUCGGUAAGCAAGCCAGCAAUCUGAUGGUGGUUGACUUUGGAGAUCGUGUUUGACUUUUUUGUUGUUGUUGCUGAGGGCAGGGGAAGGGUUCGCGAUGGUCUCCGGGACGAGCAUGGCGGCGCCGCACAUUGCAGGGAUUGCGGCGCUGAUCAAGCAGAAGCACCCGCGGUGGAGCCCCGCUGCCAUAAAGUCGGCGCUGAUGACAACGGCGACCACACUGGACCGGAGCGGCCGGCCGAUCCUCGCGCAGCAGUUCUCCGACCGUGAGACGCUGACCCUCGCUCCGGCGACCCCGUUUGACCUUGGCAGCGGCGCGGUCAGCCCCAAGGCCGCCUUAGACCCUGGCCUCAUCUUCGACGCAGGCAAGUACAUAAUAGUAGUAACAAUACACAGACGAGAUCAUUCUUUCUCUGUAUGUUGAACCUAAACCCCUCUUCUUUCCGGCAGCUUAUGGAGACUACAUCCAGUUUCUCUGCUCGAUCCCUGACGUCGACCCGCGCGAGAUCAGGAGCUUCACGAGCUCUUCCUGCAACGGCACAGGCGGCGGGCAUCCGGCGGAGCUGAACGGGCCGUCGAUCACCGUCUCGCGGGUGGAGGGCACCGUUACUUUGAAGAGGGUGGUGACCAACGUUGACGAGACAGAGGAGACCUACGUGGUCUCCUCCAGGAUGUCGCCGGAGAUGGCGCUGGAGGUUGAGCCGCCGGCGUUGACCCUCCUCCCCGGCCACUCCAGGGAGCUGCGGGCGACCCUUACCGUCAGAUCCGUCACCGGCCAGUACAGCUUCGGAGAGAUCCUCAUGAAGGGCAGCAGAGGCCACCGGGUUAGGGUUCCCGUCGUCGCCAUGGGCCACAGUAGAUGA